CAGGGCGUGAGGCCCCGCCCACAUCCCCCUCACAGGCUGAAGUUCGGUAAACAGGCUCGCGGUCGGAGCAGAACCGUCAGUCCACUUUCAGCUGUGCUGAUGAAGAACCGGAAGUUCCUGUGAAGAUGGACGUCUUCUCCGUUCUGGGUCUGCUCCUUCUGAGCGUCGGAGGCGUUUAUCCAGGGUUCAUCAUCACAGCUGAACGUGGACAGAACGUCUCUCUGACGUGCGACCUUCCCGACCCGGAUGGAGCCGGGGUUCUGGAGUGGACCAGGGCUGACCUGAAGGAGGCCUACGUCUUCAGGGACCGGACCCCGGACCCGGAUCUGCAGCAUCCGUCCUUCAGGAACCGCGUGAGCCUGCAGGACGGUCCGAUGUGGGGUCCAGACCGGUCCGUGGUUCUGCAGGAGGUGACGUUGGACGACUCGGGAACCUACGAGUGCAGAGUCCUCCACGGAGGACCGGACUCUGGUCCCAUCAGCACCGUCCAGCUGGUGGUGGUUCCAGAGCUGGAGGUCAUCCACGCCCAGAGCGGCCAGAGCGUCACCCUGCCGUGCCGCGCCCCCGGCGCCGACCCGCAGGCGGACAUCCGGUGGAGCAAACACGACCUGGAGCCUGAGGAGGUCCUCCUCAUCGAGGGCGGGGUCGUCCAGCACCCCACCAUCAGGGACCGCGUGACGGUGGGACACCUGUCCAUCACUCUGAAGAACGUCGUGCUUGAAGACUCGGGAACGUACCGGUGCAGAGUGGUCCGCAGGCCCGCCGCCCGCAGGAGGAGGUCCGGCCCGGACCGGGACCACGUCACCAGCGUGUACCUGUCCGUGUCCCCUGCAGCUGCACGUCUCGGCCAGCAGGGAGGGGCAGCGGACGGCCUCCCCCCUGCGGUGGUGGGAGGAGCCUUCGGCGCCGGACUGGUCCUGGGAGCGGCGGCUGCAGGGCUCGCCGUCUUCACGCGCAGACGGUCCAGGAACCAGAACCUGAUUUAAUCAAUCUGCUGGGCGGAGUCAGGGCGGGGCUCGGAGUGUGCAGUGGUCUUGAUUCAGCCGUGAGGUCGGGGGUUCGAUCCCCCUCUCUCCAUCAUCCUGAACCUCCUCAAAGCUUCACCGCCACGGUGCUUUGGACUGAGAGGGAGGGGCUUCUCUGAGCCGUCAGGUUCUGUUCGGACCGGGAGGCCGCGGGUUCUCCUGUCCGUCUGGACGGAUCCAAGGAUGCAGACGGGUCGGGGUCAGACCGGGUCAGACCGGCUCAGCCUUAAGGCCUUCAGUCUGUUCACAGUUUAGAUUCUGACUUCUCGCUUUUAGACCUGAUCCAGAGGUGAUGUGGGGGCGGGGCUUUGAGCCCAUUGGCCACUGGGACAUGAUUGACACCUGGGGACAGGUUAUGAUGAUGACACAUCUGCUCCGGAACAGCGUCCGCUGUGGGCGCCGCCCGUGGCGUCCCGAGACUCUAACCUCUGUCACCAGAUGUCAAUCAUGUCCUGGCAGCUCAAAGCCCCGCCCCCCACGCCAGACAGGACCAGCUCUAACUAAAAGUCUGACUCUGAAGGGUGAACCCAACGUAGAAGCAGCUUCAAGUUUCCAGUCUGAAUUCAGAUUGAAAAAGUCUUUUUAUAAAUGUUCUAAUGUCUUUUUACAUUUUAGUCUGGAUUUUGUUCCUUUCAAGAUGACCUGGUUUGACCCGGUCUGAGCCCAGUCUGACCCGGCCCUGAGGGUGCAGACGCUGGGGUCCAGCAGGUGGACUGAAGCUGCCCGGGUUCUGUCAGACGGAACCUGGAGAGCUGCAGGCUCUGUUCUGAGUAGGCGUGAGAAGGUUCUGGAGGAAGCAGAACGUUGGAGAACUUUGUUUCUACCUCAUGAUCCAGAUGACUGUCAGAAUAAAAUGCUGCGGUUCUGUUCUGUUCCAACCAUCAGGACUUAAUUCUUGUUCCUGAUCUUCUCACCUUUUAUCUAUAAUCAUACUCAGAACUUUAGAUUUUCACAUUAAAGGUAAAAUCAUCUUUUAUUUUUUUAGAGGCUUUUAUUUUAAUGUGAGUUUUCAGACUUUUAUUUUGAAGUUUGCAUUUUAUUGUAUCUCUGCACGAAAUAUUAAAACUUGAUUGAAGUGAUUCUCUGGAAAGCAGCUUUCACAAUAAAACCUAAGAACCUUUCAGAAUAAA